AUGUCGUUGCAAUUUUACGAUUGUUUGCAACGGUUGGAAAAGUUUAAAAAAGUGCAGGAGAGUGACGUGUUGCAAGGGUUUGUCAACUAUGACAAAUUGGCUAGCAAGUUUUACUCGCAACGGAACUUGUACUUGUCGGGAGCAAUCUUGUAUUUGAUGUUGAGUAUUUAUACCGUGUCUACAAUUGUCAGGAAGUUGGUCUUGAAGGAGAAGGUGUAUAGACAAUUGCUUGCUGAGAGAGAUGAGGGGUUGAAUGCUCCUGAAGCUGGCGAUAGUGAAGAAUUGGUCAAAGUUAAGCAUUUGAUUGAAUUGAAACAGAAGGAUAUCGAUGCGUUGAAGAAACAGUUGAAUGGAUUGCAAUCUGCCUAUGAUGGAUUGAAUAAGCCUGAGGUGAGAUCCAAAGAUGAUUGA